UGCUGCCGCCGGGAGAAGUUUGAAAUUAAACGUGAAACUUUUUAUUCCUGAAACGGUAAAUGUCAGCGUUUGUGAAAUUUUCCUAACAAGCAGAAUUUUCACCUGAGACGUCCUAAAGUGAGAAGCGGAGCUUAGAGAAAGCUUAUCUUCAGGCAGAAAUGUCUACACCAGAGGAAUCAUCAGACGCCCCCUCAUCAGCGGGGUUGUCUUCAGCGUUGGCUGCUACGACUGCUACAGCUCCUGCGGCUCCUACCACGGACCUUCAUCCCAAGGAGGAGCUCAGAAAGCUGCUGACUGAGUGGGAGGAAGUGGCGCAUGGCACCACAGAGCAGCUGGUGGCCAUCCUGACUAAAAUAUCUGAGCUGAUUGAACGGGACACAGAGAUGUAUUACAAAGAAGAUCCUGAUCCAUUUGAUGACCGGCAUCCAGGACGAGCAGACCCAGGCUGUGUGCUCGGACAGCUCCUGAAGAUGAUCUUUCAGAAUGAUGAAUUCACUAACGCACUGUUGGACAUCUACAUAAUGACCAGCAGAGAGCUGAGCCUGAACACAGCCGCCUGUCGUCUGUUUCAGAACAUCAUGCCUGGGCUGGAAACCUCCGUCGUCUUCCAGGAGAAGGAGGGUCUGGUUAAUAUGCUGUUCACCUGGGCUCGAGAAGCAGAGCGUCCGCUGUGCAUCUACAGCACAGGCUUGCUCGCCAGAGCCAUGAGCGAUCAGGAAAUAGCAGUCGGCUACCGAGAACAAAACGCUCAGCUGGUACCACUAAUAAUUCAGCGACUACAUGAGCUGCAGCGUGAUGAGGUCAAUAGUAACUUUAAACCCAUUAAGACACCUCAGAAUCUACCUCAGGACUCUCAGGAUGAAACAACAAAAACCUCAAGCCCUUCAGUGGACCAGCAAGAAAAGAAGGAAAGGGAAAACAAGGAAGAGAGGACAGAUAGAGAUGGAGAAAGUAGCCGGCCAGUGUGUUCAAAAUCUUUGUCCCAGCUUGGAUCAUCUCUGAAAAACAGCAGCGGUUGCAGCAGCAGGAGUGGACCCAGCUCCACUAGACUGCUCCCAGACUUUAUUUACCAAGCAAGCCAGGAGUCAACGUCAAGGGAGGCGGAGGACAGGCAGGGAGACGGAGGAGGGGGGAGGAUUCUGACAGUGAAGGAGAACGGAAGGAAGGCUAAGCAGAAACUCAACUUCACCUCCUCCUGCAGGACCGAGGGGGAGGUGGAGAGAAAGGAAUCAAGGGACCAGCCGAGCAGCAGCAGCACCUCCUGGUCUGAGAUGAGCUCCAUCAUGAUUGGUUCAGACUACCGUUUAUCGCCGCUGAGCUCAGCCAUGGAGCAGAGGCUCAUCCUGCAGUAUCUGACUCCACUCGGAGAUUACCAGGAGCUGCUUGCUGUUUUCAUGCAGCUGGACACCCGGUCAUUACUGAUGAAUUACAUCGACCUGAGGAAGACUAGAAAUGUCCAGCUCACCUAUGAUGCACUUCUGUAUCUUGCCUCGCUGCUGCUUCACAAGAAGUUUGCAGCACAGUUCAUCGCUCAUGGAGGAGUACAGAAACUUCUGGAGAUCCCGAGGCCUUCUAUGGCAGCUACUGGAGUUUCACUCUGCCUGUACUACCUGGCAUACAAUCAGGAUGCUCUCGAAAGGGUGUGUACCCUACAGGAUGGCGUAUUGUCAGACAUGGUAGCCUAUGCUCUUUGGCUGCUGGAGUCAUCACACGCUUCAGGCGUCUGCCACGCCACCAUGUUUUUCUCCAUUUCUUUCUCCUUCAGAGCCGUGCUGCAGCUCUUCGACCAACAGGAUGGCCUGCGCAGGCUCGUCAACUUGAUCAGUACCUUAGAGAUCCUUGACAUUGAGCACAGACACUCCAUACUGGGUGAUGACAUGGUUUUCUCCAGUCGACAGACAGCCAAGCACACCUGCAUGGCCCUGCGCAGGUACUUUGAGGCUCACCUGGCUGUUAAAGCUGAACAAGUGAAGCAAUCCCUGCACACAUCAGGAGGCACCAUUGUUCCCCAGCAGCCACCUUUCAAGGCGUAUACGUACACUAGAGAGCAGAUUAUCGAGAUGAUGGAGUUCCUCAUUGAGUGUGGACCGCCUCAGUUCUACUGGGAGCCCGUGGAGGCUUUCUACAAGCUUUCCUGUGUCCCUUUAAUGCUGCAGCUUAUAUCCUUAGCCUGCGACUGGAGGACUUACUACGGCAGAAGUGACACGGUACGCUAUGCUCUUGACAUCCUGGCCAUGUUGGUGGUGGUACCCAAAGUUCAGUUGGUGUUGGCCGACACUGUGGAGGUCCUGGAUGAAACAAAUUCUCCUGUUUCCACCGUGGGUAUGAGCAUCAUUCUGGGUGUUUCAGAGGGUGAGGUGUUCGUCAAUGACGCUGAGAUCCAGAAGUCUGCUCUCCAGGUCAUAAUAAACUGUGUGUGCGCCCCAGACCAGAGCAUGACCACAGCUGGUGCUUUCCCCGUCACCCCACUGAGGUCAUCCCUGCACCUGAAGCAGCCCCCUGCCCCCCAUAACAGAGUGCUGGUCCACAUGUGGCAGGUGGUGCAGAACAACAACGGCAUAAAGGUGCUUCUGUCUCUGCUGUCGGUGAAGAUGCCAAUCACAGACGCAGAUCUGAUCCGAGCUCUGGCUUGUAAAGCUCUGGUUGGGCUCUCUCGCAGCUCAGCGAUCAGACAAAUUAUCAGUAAACUGCCACUCUUCACCAGCAGCCACAUCCAACAGCUAAUGAAGGAGCCAGUGCUGCAGGACAAACGAAGUGAGCACGUCCGUUUCUGCAGAUACGCUGCUGAGCUGACAGAGCGAGUGUCUGGAAAGCCUCUCCUCAUGGGUACUGACGUCUCACUGGCUCGUCUCCAGAAGGCUAAUGUAGUCGCCCAGUCCCGGAUCACCUUUUCUGAAAAGGAACUCCUCAUACUGAUCAGAAACCACCUCAUGGCCAAAGGACUCAACGACACAGCGAACACGCUUAUAAAGGAGGCCAAUCUGCCCGUAACAUCCCUCUGUCCAAACUCCUCCUCCUGUGUCACCCCUCCCUCCUCCUCUGUGAUCCCUAGGACUUGUAGGUUAUCUCGGGUUGUAUCCUCUCCUUCAACCUUAACUACAGGCUGCUCCACAACUCCACAUCGCACCUCCUCGUCUACCUCAGCCCUCCCCCCUCCUCCACCCCCAUCCUGUCAUUCCUCACCUCAGGGACAGAGCUCACAUCUGAUGGGCCGGAUUUUAUUCUCACGGGAGCGACCAGUGACCCCGUGCAACUCAGGGAGAAAACUCAGGGCUUUGAAACAGAAGUCUGACCAUGGUGCUUUCAUACAGACUCCAGCUAUGAAGAAGCAACUGGAGCGACACCUCCCAUCCCCUCCAACCCUCGACAGCAUCAUCACAGAGUACCUGAGGGAACAACACGCCCGCUGCCCUAAUCCUGUCACCACCUGCCCCCCCUUCUCCCUCUUCACCCCCCACCGCUGUCCUGAGCCAAAGCAGAGGAGGCAGGCGUCACCUAACUUCACCGCUCGCCUGGGAAGCAGGGUGCUCUACCCCAAAUAUGGAGGUGUGGACAGAGGGUGUCUGGAUAGACAUCUUAUAUUUAGCAGGUUUCGUCCGAUGUCGAUCUUCCAUGAAGGCGGCUUCACCUGUUGUGCCUUCUCAGCCCGUGAGCGUUUCCUGAUGUUGGGAACAUACUCAGGUCAUGUCAAGUUCUAUAAUGUUUUCUCAGGACAGGAGGAGGCCAGCUACACCUGCCACAUAUCAGCCAUCACACACCUGGAACCUUCCAAGGAUGGAAAGUUACUACUCACCUCUGCUCCCUGGAGUGAACCGCUGUCCGCUCUGUGGACUGUGGACAGCGUCUUCAGCAGAAAACAAUCAUUUGAAGACGAUCACUAUGUGGAGUUCAGUAAACUCUCUCAGGACAGAGUCAUCGGCACCAAGGACCAAGUCGCACACAUUUACGACAUCCAGACGGGUCAGAAGACACUAACCCUGAAUGACCCCGCCCUGGCCAAUAACUACAAGAGGAACUGUGCCACCUUUAGUCCUACAGACGACCUGGUGCUAAAUGAUGGCGUGCUGUGGGAUGUACGGGCAUCUCGGGCCAUCCACAAGUUUGACAAGUUCAACAUGAACAUCAGCGGGGUUUUCCAUCCUAACGGCCUCGAGGUCAUCAUCAAUACAGAGAUCUGGGAUCUGAGGACUUUCCACCUUCUGCACACCGUCCCAGCUCUGGACCAGUGCAGACUGGUCUUCAACAGCAACGCCACCAUCAUGUAUGGAGCAAUGCUGCAGGCCGAUGAUGAGGACGAUGCUAUGGAUGAGCAGAUCAAGAGUCCCUUCGGCUCGUCCUUCAGGACCUUUGAUGCUACAGACUACAAGCCCAUUACCACUGUGGAUGUGAAGAAGAACAUCUUUGACCUGUGCACUGACAGCAAAGACUGCUACCUGGCUGUCAUUGAGAAUCAGGACACGGUGAGCCUGGACACCGUGUGCCGUCUGUACGAGGUGGGCCGACAGAAACUGGCGGAGGAGGGAGACGACGAUGAUCAGGAUGAUGACCAAGACGAUGACUCCUCAGACACCGAUGAUGACGAUGAUGAUGACGACGACGAUGAUGACAUGGACACGGUCGGACUCAUGGAGGCGCUAGCCGAUGACGAGGAUGCAGAAGAAGGGAACCAGCAACACUCUCCCACAGACCAGGAGAUUGCAGAUCUUCUGGGCAGCGGCAAUGAUGAUAACAGCAGUGAUGACAACGAUGACGAUGACUUUGAAGACUCAGAUCAUUCAUUCAGAAGUGAUGAAGGAUCUUCCAUAUUUGACCCUGAAAUCUCAUACUUUGCAGAGCCCUCAGAUGAUGAGUUGUCUCAGUUUCUUCGUGCUCGCAGCAGCAGCUCGUCCCCUUAACCCUUCAGUGAGAUGAUCCUCCCUCUUCUGUCAAAAUGGACUUUAUUUUCCCUUUUAACCUCCAUUUCUCCUUUAACAGGCAAGAAAACUGUGAAUUCACUGAAAUGUACAAAAGUGUUCUAAAGGAUAAGAAAAAGACUGAUUUUAUGUCUUUACUCUGAGGAGAGGCUGCAGUGAUGACUAAUAAAUAUUACCCACAGUU